UGGCUAAGAUGGCGGCUCCUCAGUUGCUAUGUACUGGUUGGAGACGACUGGUAACUGGUUUCUUGUGGGGUGGCUGGGCUAAGCCUCCGUUCCGCGGGCUUCGGCAGGUUGUAGAAAUUACUGAAGGGAACACCACCACUAUUGAAGGUAAAAUUCUAGAAGAUGUGGAAACCCCAAUUCCUCCAAAUCCUUCUGGUCAGUGUCCUAUUUGUCGCUGGAACCUGAAGCACAAGUACACAUAUGAGGAUGUUUUAUUGCUAAGUCAAUUCAUACGGAGUGAUGGGGGUUUGCUGCCCCGGAGGAUCACAGGCCUUUGUUUGAAAGAGCACAAGAAAAUUGCUGUAUGUGUGCAAAUGGCUCAACGAGCAGGUUUGCUGCCAAAUCAUAAGCCCCCACUUCCAGAAGAAGUCCGUAAGAACAACAAACCAAGGCUCAACAGGUAUCUUACCCGAUAUUCUAUCAGAUCUGUACAGCCCAUCUGGAACAAAGGACACAAGUGGUGCAAAGUCCCCAUGCCUGUAUCACACCCCAUACUCAAAGAUAACAUUAAUUAUGGAUCCAAGCCGCUUCGUUUUAACCACUAAGGUGAAAUGGUUUUAACAGUGGAUCAAAACUGUUUCUGCUGCCCUGUCUCAGAAUGUUGAAAGAUCUGAUGGCUGUUGCUUUAGGAUGACCAAACUAUUUUUCUUCAUUAAAUCCCGAUCAAACCCUUGA